CACAAUGUGUGUCAGAGGACUGUCUGUGCUCCCAAAGUAAAUGCUUGCUCCAGAUCUGUGGUACUGACUGCGAUCUCCGAGGCGAUCUGGUGCGCAAAGUCUCAUCCCAAGUCAAGACGAGGUUUGUCCACUGUGGCAGAAGGAUGCCGGCGAUCAUCAGUAAAAACUCCGACCUGGAGUUUGACUCGUUGCAGCCCUGCUUCUAUCCGGAUGAGGACUUCUACUUCUGUGGUCCUGACUCUGCGCCACCGGGGGAGGACAUCUGGAAGAAAUUCGAGUUGUUGCCCACACCGCCCCUCUCGCCCAGCCGAGCGGCGCUACCGGGGGAGCCGGCGACAGCCACCUCGGACACCCUUGGCUUCGGCUUGGAGGAUCCCCUGGACUGGGCUUCGGAGCUGCUGCUCCUCCCCGAGGACGAUAUAUGGGGGGCGUCCGACGAUGUGGAUCUGUUCGGUUCCGCUUUGGAUACUAACCCCAGCAACAUCAUCCUCCAGGACUGUAUGUGGAGUGGAUUCUCAGCCAGGGAGAAGCUGGAGCGUGUGGUCACAGAGAAACUUGGCAAAGCCAUCACUAGCGCCGCCGCGUCCGCAGCAGCGGCAGCGGGGAAGGACGCGUGCGUAAAAGCGCCGGAGGCGGUGAGCAGCUGCAGCGACGGCGGCGGCGGCGCGGUGUCAGAGUGCGUGGACCCCACUAUAGUCUUCCCCUUCCCCGUCAACAAGAAGAGCAGCAGCAGCAGCAGCAGCAGCAGCAGCAGGGACACAUCCAUGAGCGUCAACACAUCCACGAGCCACAGCAGCUCCGUCAGCGACUCCGAAGAAGAAGAUGAUGAUGAGGAUGAUGAUGAAGAGGAGGAGGAUGAAGACGAGGAGGAGGAGGAGGAGGAGGAAGAUGAAGAGGAAGAGGAGGAGAUUGAUGUGGUUACAGUAGAGAAGAGGCGAUCCACAGUCGGCAAGUCAUCGACGUUGGUCACCAUCUCCGUUCACCCCAAAAGUCAGGAGCAGAGGGCCCUGGUGAGCCGGUUUGUCCGGGGGGCGCCCCAGGAGCUCAUCCUGAAGAGAAGCUCCGUGCACCAGCAGCAGCACAACUACGCGGCCCCUUCGCCGUACGCCUCAGACGACGACCCCUGCCCGCCGUCGAAGAAGCAAAGGACCUCAGACGCGCUCCGACCUCCCACCAGAACCAACUCCUCGUCCUCCUCUUCCUCCUCCACGUCCUGCGGCUCCUUCUCGUCGAGGAGCAAGCGCUCCAACAGCGGCGACAGCAGUCCGCGAGGCAGCUCCGACUCGGAAGACAGCGAGCGCCGGCGCAACCACAACAUCUUGGAGCGCCAACGCCGCAACGACCUGCGCUCCAGCUUCCUGACGCUACGCGACCACGUGCCCGAGCUGGCGCACAACGAGAAAGCGGCCAAGGUCCUCAUCCUCAAGAAGGCCACCGAGUAUCUGAGCUCGCUGGAGACGGAGGAGAUGAGGCUCCAGCAGGAGAAGGACAGACUCCAGGCCCGCAGGCAGCAGCUGAUGCGCAAGCUGGAGCAAGCUCGGACUCGCUAACAGACAUCAACGCAGGAACUCUCAACCCACAAUGACCCCCUCGCCUCAGUCUGCUUGACUCUGAAUCACACACAUACGCAUGCAUAUCUUUUGAUACUAUCUCAGUGGAUCCUCAGAUGCCACAGGCGCAGGGGGGCAUUGCUCAGACUUUCACUGCCGCCACUUUUUUUGCACAUUUGUUGACAUUAAGAAUGUUUAGGGUUUACUUUUUCAAUCUUCGAUCCAGUCACGUUGAGGAAAGAGAGAAGAGGAGCGAGGUCUUUUUUAUAAUGUCUUCCCACUCCUCCGGCUUUUAUAUGAUUUGUAUCUUGUUUGUUUUGUACUCACUGUGACACCAGCCUGGAUUUGGGGUGUUUAACCACAGGGAUCGGUGUUCAAGGGCACUUUGCUUGGAGAGUUCACGUGUAGAGCAGUGCACACUUACUUUGCCUUCACCACUGCAAAACUGUAGAGACGAUAUGACGACGCGACAAAGCCACUACAGGUUCUCUUGGGUCGGCGCGUCGGUCGGAGUCAACGUUCGACGGACGGGUUUACUGUGUUUUCGCUCAAGGUUGAUUCGCAGCUAGAGAAGAUGUCAUGUACUCGAGGCGGAGGUGUACUCAGAUAGCAGCUCAUGAAACACACUUGUACAUCACGUUGCAACAUUGACCUCCGGACAACACGCGGACCCUCUUUCCCCUCACUCCCAGAUCACACUGGUGCUCAAGCCAAUUCAGUGGAUGUAAUACUGUGCACCUUCGCUAGCCGACACUUUUGUAAAUAACAAUAGUGUACAGACAAAAUACACUCAGAUCUGCCUUGUUUUAUAAUGUCUUUGGUUUUCUUUUAUAAAAACACACGUCAGGAAGCUGCCAAUUACUAGACUGGAAGUUUAUAUACCUUUAAAAAGUACUGUAAGGCCUCAAUUUUUGAGCGUCGUGAAACUUUGUAAUAUAACGAUAUAUUGUUUUUUUCUUAUCUUUCUUUUGUAUUGUACCAUAUUACUAAUUCUACACAUCUUUAUGCUUUUAGUGUGAACCUGAUACAUACUAAAUUUGAUACUUAUAUUUUCGUAUGAAAAUGAGUUCUCGGUAGAUAUCACUUUAUCUGGUCUUCUUUCUCUCGCUCUAUCUCAGAUUAUUCUUUUGUACAGCGAAUAUGUUUCUAUCCUCUUGUACCCUUCUCCCCCCUUGACCCACCCAUGACCUCUUUUGUUUAUAUUUGUAAUAUCGGGUGCAUAGAAUUUUUGGGUAUAAGGAUAUAAGAUGUUUGUUUUUUUCACUUUUUAAAAUGUACAUUUAGUGCUGCAACUCAUAGCACUUUGAA